CAGAGAAGACGAGAGGCCAACCCAACCGGCCGUGUGACUUUUUCCAAAAACGCGACUUUCUUCUCCGACAAGCAAUACGCGACGCUGCUCACUGAUUCCCCGACCAUCUUUUGACCCUAAUCAACCGUUGUCUCAUCAGGUAUCCAAAAAUUCCCGGCGAGGUAAGAUGACGGAGGAGAUCAAAUUCAGCGUUCUAGUAUCUCUCUUCAACUGGAUCCAAAAAAGCAAAACCUCAUCUCAGAAACGCUCCAAGUUCCGCAAGUUUCUCGACACUUACUGCAAACCCUCAGACUACUUCGUCGCCGUAAGGCUCAUCAUCCCGUCGCUUGAUAGGGAACGAGGUAGCUACGGUCUCAAGGAGUCAGUGCUCGCCACGUGUCUGAUCGACGCGCUUGGCAUCUCUCGCGACGCUCCUGACGCUGUUCGUCUCCUCAAUUGGCGUAAAGGAGGAACCGCUAAAGCUGGUGUCAAUGCUGGAAACUUUUCCUUAAUUGCCGCUGAGGUAUUGCAACGUAGACAAGGAAUGGCUUCGGGUGGUUUGACUAUUAAGGAAUUGAAUGAUUUGCUUGAUCGUUUGGCUACAAGUGAGAACAGAGGUGAGAAAACUUCUGUUCUUUCUACUCUGAUUCAGAAGACAAAUGCUCAGGAGAUGAAGUGGGUCAUUAGGAUAAUUUUAAAAGAUUUGAAACUGGGAAUGAGCGAGAGGAGCAUAUUUCAGGAGUUCCAUCCAGAUGCUGAGGACUUGUUUAAUGUUACGUGUGACUUGAAACUAGUUUGUGAAAAGUUGAGGGAUCGACACCAACGGCACAAGCGCCAGGAUAUAGAGGUAGGAAAAGCCGUACGACCUCAGUUAGCUAUGCGUAUCAGUGAUGUAAAUGCUGCUUGGAAGAAGCUACAUGGGAAAGAUGUAGUUGCUGAAUGCAAAUUUGAUGGGGAUCGCAUACAAAUACACAAAAAUGGGACUGAGAUACACUAUUACUCUAGGAACUUCCUUGACCAUUCUGAAUACGUGCAUGCCAUGUCGGAUCUUAUUGUACAAAAUAUAUUGGUGGACAAGUGCAUCCUUGAUGGGGAAAUGUUGGUCUGGGAUACAUCUCUGAAUCGGUUUGCUGAGUUUGGUUCGAAUCAGGAAAUAGCCAAGGCAGCAAGGGAAGGUCUUGACAGCCAUAGACAGUUGUGUUAUGUUGCCUUUGAUGUUCUUUAUGUUGGCGAUACUAGCGUCAUCCACCAGAGUUUGAAGGAACGGCAUGAACUGCUGAAAAAAGUGGUCAGGCCUUUAAAAGGUCGUCUAGAAGUUUUAGUACCUGAAGGUGGCCUCAAUGUUCACCGCCCUUCAGGGGAACCUAGUUGGUCUAUUGUUGUCCAUGCUGCUGCUGAUGUUGAGCGAUUUUUCAAAGAAACAGUUGAAAACAGAGAUGAAGGAAUUGUGCUUAAAGACCUGGAAUCAAAAUGGGAACCUGGAGAUCGUAGUGGCAAGUGGUUGAAGUUGAAGCCUGAAUAUAUCCGAGCUGGCUCUGGAAGGUUUUUACAAGCUUGA